AUGGCUCAUCAUAACGCAUUUCCAGUUGGUAAUGCUCGUCCUGGAGCUAUCAAUGCUAAUUCCAGAACUCGAUAUGCUAGCCCUACACCUGGUGGUCCUGAUCCAUCAUAUGGUACUUCGAGAGCUGGUUACGGUAACUCCGUGGCUGGCAAUUUUUUGGUACGUCCACCUGUUGUUCAUGGAUCUCCAAGGCGCGGUCUGCCUCAAUAUGGUAUUCCGGGGUCUACGAAUGGUACUCCUAGAUCUGCCAAUGGUACUCCUAGAUCUGUGAAUGGUACCCCUCGCUCUGCCAAUGCGGCUCCUCGAUCUGUCAAUGGUACUCCUGGAUCUACGAAUGGUACUCCUAGAGUUGUUAAUUUUGCACCUAGAUCUGUUAAUGGUACACCUAGAUCCAUGAAUGGUACACCUAGACCUGAACCUAACUACUGCAAUCCUGGAACCAGUUACAGUAAUCCUGGAGCAAGUCAAAGAGCCCUUGUGCCUGUCUACCGUAAUCUUAGACAUAGUUAUGGUGCACCUAGACCUCGCUUCAGUAUUCCUGGCCAUAGCCACAGUAAUCUCGACCUCAACUACAGUAACCCUGGAUCAGUAAGUGCUCGUUCUGCAAGUUACAGUAAUCCUGCUUCAAACUACAGUACCUUCCACUCUCUCCACUCAAACUCAACGUCUAGCCACAAUAUUUCUGGACCAGUUGCUAUCCGAGCCAAGCCCACCCCUUUGGCUAUCGAAGAAGAAGCUCAACUGCUACAAAUGUUCUACACGAUUGGUGAGACACUGUUGACAAAGAAACAAGCAAACCAAGACCUUAAGGCUAGGCUUGACAAAACUGCCACAUCCCUCAUUAAAAUCUGUCGACGUGGUGAACUACACCCAAGUGUUAUCAAUGCUGUAGUGGCGGUUUUGGAGAAUGAUAUGCGAACAGAUGUUGAUAUUGCUACAGUAAUGAACUUGGUGGAUGAAUUUUUAACUUUUUGGUUUUUACAGCAACGUGUGACCGAGGAUUCUUUGAAAAAACAGAAUAUGGAUCCAGAUUCUGAGGUUGAUACUCAAGAACAUGAACUUGAAGAGCUUGCUGAUGAUGAAGGGAUUGAGCAAGAAGCUGGAGAGGUUUAUGAAGUUUGUAAUGAAAGACAAGAAGUUGAAGAGCUUUUUGAAGAUGAGGGGGUUGAACAAGAAGCUGUUGAACCAUGUAAAUUUAUUACUCAAGGAGAAGAAGAAGAAGCUGGUAAAUAUUCUGAAGCUUAUAUUCAAGAACAAGAAGCAGAAGGUGCUACUGGAGAUGAAUGGCAUGAACCCGAAGAUAGUGAACGUUGUGAAGUUAUGACACAACAACUUGAAGAGCAUACAGAUGAUGACUGGCAAAAUCAAAAAACUGGUGUAGCUUGUGGAGUUAGUCAUCAAGAACAAGAGCUGGAAAAGCAUGUUGAAGGUGAAUGGGUUGAGCAGGAAGCUAUUGGAGCUUAUGAAGUUAAUACUCAAGAACAAGAAGUUGAACAGCUUACUGAAGAUAAAUGCCAAGUACAAGAAGGUAUUACAACUUCUAAAGUUAGUGAUCAACUUGAAGGGCCUGCUGAAGACGAAUGGCAAGGAAAAAGAACUACAGAGCUUUCUGAAGUCCACGGUCCAGAAAAAGAAGCUGGUAAAUCUUUUGAAGUUAGUGAUCAAGAUCAAGGACUUGAAGGUCCUGCUGAAGAUGAAUGGCAAAAACAACAAGCUGCUGAAUUUUCUGAACUUAACAUUCAUGAACAAGAAAGUACAAGACCUUCUGAACUCCACGGUCAAGAGCAAGUGCCCCCAGAGUUUUCUGAACUUCACGGUCAAGAACAAGGACUACCAGAACCUUCUGAACUCCACCGUCAAGAGCAAGGGCCUCCAGAGUUUUCUGAACUUUACAGGCAAGAACAAGAACCUCCGGAACCUUUUAAAGCUAAUCUUGAAGGACAAGAAGCAGCUAAGUCUUUUGAAGAUUACUGUCAAGAACUAGAAACUCCAGAGCCUUUUGAAGCUAAUCUUAAAACACAAGAAUCAAUCAGACCUUCUGAAGUUUACCGUGGACGACUAGAAGCUACAGAGUCUUCUGAAGCCAAGUUUCAAUCAAAAAAAGAACCCAGUUCUCUUCAAGUCCAUAGAGAAGCAAAAGCUACACAGACUUUUGAAACCUUUCAUCAAAGAGUGAAAGCUACACAGACUUCUGAAGCCAUGUUUCAAUCACAAGAAAAAAACCAGUUUUUUUUCAAGCCCAUCGUCGAGAAGCAAAAUCUACACAGACUUCUGAAACUUAUAGUCAAAGGCUAGAAACCACAGAAUCUUCUGAAGCCUACGAGUUACCUCAAACCCAAUCAGAAGAACCUCCAAGCUUAUCAGAUGCUCAGGUUGAAGUUACAGAUUUGCAACUUCAAGAUGCAGAUUCUCGACUUCAAGACACAGAUUCUCUACUUCAAGCUACAGAUUCUCAACUUCAAGACACAGAUUCUCUAAUUCAAGAUGCAGAUCCUCAACUUCAAGGUACAGAUUUUCAACUUCAAGCUACAGAUUCUCAACUUCAAGUUACAGAUUCUCAACUUCACGAUACAGCUUUGCUACUUAAAGAUACAGAUUCUCGACUUCAAGAUUCAGAUUCUCAACUUCAAGACACAGAUUCUCUAAUUCAAGAUGCAGAUCCUCAACUUCAAGUUACAGAUUCUCAAAUUCAAGCCACAGGAGAAUAUAGCCCUAGGCCAAAACGUAUUCGACUUGAUCAAAUUCAUCUUCAACCUACGAGAAGAUUUCAGAAGCCAAUGCUCAUAAAGCCAAUUCAUAAGAAGAAGAUGAAAGAAGCAAUUUCACUUCUUCCUCGACUGGUUCAUGAAGUUGAAAGCUUCAAAGAUACAAUGGCUCUUUUUUCAAAAAUUCUUCAUGAUUUUGAUGUGGAAGCUUUUUUUUCGUUGAAGGUAAUUUUAUUUUUAAAAAAAAUUUAAAUUAAAACAAAAUUAAAUUUAAAAAAAAGUCAAAAAAUUUAAAAAAAAUUUUUCAAUUUUUUUUCGGAAAUUUAAAAUUUUUUUAAAAAUUUUUUAUGACAGAUUAUUUUUUUUUUAUGUUUAUUGUUAUAGGAAUCAUCAAUUCAAACCAUAGUGCUAAAAAAAGUCAACAAAGGAAAACUUCUAGUUGUGGUGACAGUACCUCCUAAUACCACGGCAAUAAUACAUUAUGUACUAAAAACGAUUGUAAAAUUUUAA